AUGCAAUUUGUCGCCUUAAAAGGAGGGCAAACUGCUUACCACCAAAGGAUAGCAGGUGAUAGUGCAUCCCUGCUUGCGCCGAAACCUGAGAGGCACGCUACUCCUUCCAAACGUGUGAAAGACGAUGUGAAUGGUUAUUCUGAGCGACCCAAAAAACGUGUCAUGGUAGACAACACCACUCAAAGCACAGGCACCAAGUCACUAGUGGUCACGCUGAAAUAUGCGAGGCCAUCAAGCACCAGUCACAAACAGAAGUAUGACUUGUUGUCCCCGCCAGGGACUCCUUCAACAGAUUCAAAGCCAGCUACUACGAGGAGCGAUGGUUCUAUUUCUACGCCAUCAGGCCUUGUUCGGAACACAACUCAGGAAGCCAUCGGGAAGGACAAUUCAACACCGUCUUCUUCGCAAGCACCUACGCCGAUAGUAGUCGAAGAUCUCGAUGAGAACGACGUACAGUUAGCGGACCGGGAGGGUGCGAUCAGCGACAGUGACAGCGACAAAACGGCACCCGCAGUCUUGAACAUGUUAAAAAUGGUGUCUGACUUUAUGCCCGCCGUCUACUCACGGCUCAGCCGUGAGUUGAGAGAGACUAAAUCACAAUGCCUAGUGGAAGCCAGACUUCACGAAAGCUGUAAAACAGCCCUAAAAGACAAAUCUCGUGAAGUAGAUCGCCUGCAGGGUCUACUGGCUUCUACGGAGGAAAGGGAUCCGACUCGAAUCCAUAAAUUGGAAACAGAACUGAAACAAUACAAAGAAAUAGCGUGCAAUCAGAAGAGAGUUUACGAAGAAGACGUCGAGUCCUUGGUGAAGAAAGUGAAGGAGAAGACGUCUGCGAUCACAAUUCUCAUGGAGCAGGAUAAACAAAGUGAACGAUCUGCCUCCUCAUAUAUCAAUAAGAUAUCUGAUCUGGAGGAAAAGCUAUCUGAGAUGUGCCACCGCAAGGAUCUGGAGCGGGAGAUCGAGAAAUGA